AUGUCAAUGAGAGCAAGCAAUGCUCUGAGAGGCCCCCGAGCACUCUUCAGACCGCUGAGUUAUGCGCGUUGCGAGAACACGAUAAAAGAAGAGCCGGAGCAGAUGCAGAUGCAGAAGCCAAAGGGAAAGCGAACCACAAGGCCCUGGCCAAGUGCUCUACUAGUACCAGGAGCCAGAUCAGCCCGUCCGAUUCCUGCAGACCCAAGUGCCAAGUAUACCAUUAUAAAAAUCCCGAAUACCUCCACAGCGUUUUCAAGCUGGCCGACGCUCAACAAGUUCAAGCCGACGCUGCAACCACGAGCAAGUGGAACUAUACCUCCUGGCGCAAAGUCUGGCGUUCAGGCAACAGUUGACACCGAUAUGGAGAUGGCGAUUCUUCCUUAUCUCUAUAACGAUCUCGGUGUGCUGAUCUUUGAAGGCCCGCAGUGGGAGCAGGGAAAGAAAUGCAGCAUAAAACCCAAUGGACUGUAUGACCUUACCAAUAUUGCACUUAAGAAAUGGAAAGCGGAUGGGAUAGGAGGACCUGUGCCUGUUGAGCCUGUGCCUGGCUGUAUCAAUAUGUACAUUGUGAACCACAUUGGCGGCCCAGGGCUAGCGAAUGAUACCAUCAAUGGAUCGUUUCUACCACAACUGCAUGUCUACGUCGCGACCGGGAUUCGGGACAACACAAUUUACAUGAGCAUCGAGUUCCAUACCGUUGGCACAAGACGCUUAGUCGGCGUCACAAACCUCAAACUUAGCCCGACCUUCAAAAUGCCAUCAACCAAAGACACGGCCGAGAAGCCCCCUCAAGUGGUCGAUAAAACCACCGACUUCGACCAAAAGUUAGCCUCCGUCGAAGAGAAGAUAAAGCCCAGUAGGAAAGGAGAUACUUAUCCAUUAAAGCAAGCAUCUCAGCCUCCACCAACGCAUGCCAGCGGCAUAGAAACUCCGAAGGAGCUUUACGAAAAGCUUAUACCAAGUAACACAAACCGAAACAGCGAGGUAUAUAGACGAGCAAUGCUCAAGGUAUACAAGUUGGAGCAUAAACUCUGGGCGCAGAGGAAGAGGACUCUUUAUAAGGAAAAAAAGGUUAAGCGAAGGACUAAAAGCUUUACCAAGAAACAGGAGAGAAAGUUGGCAGCCGUGGCUCAAAAAGAAGAAAAGUAUCUAGAUGCUGAUGGAGAGGCUUAA